CAGUGGCUCACAGCGCUUCAUCUAUCUGUAUUCUGUCCUUUGCCCUGUAAAUAAAAUUCCCAGCUAUCUCCAUCGCCUCUCUUUCCUUCCUUCGCAAUUCACCCCAAAGCAUCUUCAAAAGCUGUGUGAGAUUGUUGCUGCAAGAGAAGCAGAGAAGGCUGUGAUCUUGAAGCCAUGAAUUCGAGGAGGGACAUCCGAAACAAUAGAGCUGCUCUUUUUGAUGGAAUUGAGGAGGGUGGAAUCAGAGCCUCACCCUCUUACUCCUCUCAUGAGAUUGAUGAGCAAGAUAAUGAAAGAGCUUUGGAAGGAUUGCAAGAUAGAGUCAUUCUGCUGAAGAGACUGUCAGGUGAUAUAAAUGAAGAGGUGGACAACCAUAAUCUUAUGCUAGACAGAAUGGGCAAUGAUAUGGAUUCUUCCAGGGGAGUGCUGUCAGGAACCAUGGAUCGCUUUAAGAUGGUAUUUGAAACCAAAUCAAGCCGUAGAAUGUUUACACUCGUGGCAUCAUUUCUGGUCCUAUUCCUAAUUGUAUACUAUCUCACUAGGUAAUAUUCCUAUGAUGGAUUUGGUAUAGCUGUGGGCCUUAUGUUAGAACCGGGAUCACCCCAUUUAACGUUUUUACUAUAAUCAAUGUUCCUGCUUGUGAUAGACUCACCCCGGCAUGCUUUGUGUAAAGAUGUUUCAUGUCUUAAACGUGUGUUGAAUUCAUGGAAUGGAUGUAAAGUCUUUGCUCGUGUUUUUGUUUUCA